GGCGGCGGCGGCGGCGGCGGAGCGUCUCCGUGAGGAGGUGCGCGGGGGCCAUGACGUCAGCGUCCACCAAGGUUGGAGAGAUCUUCUCUGCGGCCGGCGCCGCCUUCACGAAGCUCGGGGAGCUGACGAUGCAGCUGCAUCCAGUGUCGGACUCUUCCCCUGCCGGUGCCAAGUGGACGGAGACGGAGAUAGAGAUGCUGAGGGCUGCUGUGAAGCGAUUUGGGGACGACCUUAAUCACAUCAGCUGUGUCAUCAAGGAACGGACAGUGGCUCAGAUAAAGACCACCGUGAAACGAAAAGUGUAUGAAGACUCUGGUGUCCCUCUUCCAGCAGAGUCACCCAAGAAAGGGCCCAAGAAGAUGACAUCUGGUGUCCUCUCACCUCCAACCGCCCCUCCACCCAGCAGCUCCAGUGUUCCUGAAGCUGGGGGUCCUCCCCUAAAGAAACAGAAGGCUGAUGUGACCCUCAGUGCUCUGAGCGACUCCGACGCCAACAGUGACCUGGUGGAUGUUGAAGGGCUAGGAGAGACUCCUCCAGCCAAGAAACUCAGCUUUGACCAGGACAGCCUGACCCUGGACUCGGGCCUUCUCUCGACCUCUGCUGAUGCUCCUCUGCUUUCCUGCUGAGCCUUCUACCUCUGACCCUUGAUGCUCACCCUGGACCUGUGGACCACCUGGGACUCUAAGCAAGGACUGCAUGAGAGGGUCAGAGAGCUGCCGGAGCUGUCCACCUCGGUCCUGAUACCCACGUGCCCUCACCCUCCCACCUCCAUCUGAUGGACAUUUUUAUACAGAAAAUUAUAAUAAUAAUAAUAA